GCGACUGCCAGGGUUCCUUCACGCUUACGUCUUUCACUGUAGAGACACAACUCUGCAGACAUGACAGAAGAAGCUCGGACGAGUUCCGCAGGCAUGACGGAGAUGGUUAAAGAACUAAUCUUGAAGGACGUGAACCUCCACUGUCCGACCAACAACUUCUCACACCACACCAGUGAGAUCUCCCUGACGGAGCUGUUUGUCAGGCGAGGUCUUCCCUUCACUCUGACCCUCACUCUGUCGCAGCCUUUCAAACCAAAACUUUACCCGCUCACCAUGGUCGCAACGACAGGUUUGGUUACAUCCGAGGAACAGGGCACAAUUUCGUACUUUGGAAUCCCCGACAGCGUGGUCCGGUCACCAUCAGCAAAGGCUGUGUGGAAGGCAGUGCUUGAGGAGGAGAGGUCCUCCCCAGAGAAAGGCAUCUUGGUUCUAAACAUCACCCCCCCGGCUAACGCCCCCAUAGGAGCGUAUGUACUCACUGGGAAAUACAGGGAAGAGGAAAUGUUGCUGGCAAAGCCGGUGGUGUUCUUCAACCCCUGGUGUCCUGAUGACACGGUGUAUCUAUCUGACGAGAAGGAAAGACAAGAGUAUGUGAUGAGUGAACAAGGAAUCAUCUACGGAGGAUCUGGAAACUACAUCUCUAGCCGCACGUGGGACUUCGGACAGUUUGAGGACGACAUGGCGAAGAUUUGCAUUAAGUUGCUGGACGUUAACCCCAAACACGCGGAAAACCCAGCUGAAGAUGUCGGUGGUCGCUCUUAUCCCGUCUACGUCAGCCGUGUGAUCAGCGCCAUGAUCAACUCUGACGGCGACCAUGGCGUUGUGAUGGGAAGGUGGGGGGGUCCGUAUACCGCCGGGUAUAAACCCACUCACUGGACCGGCAGCCACGCCAUCCUCAAACGCUGGUACGACUAUGGCUGCCAACCGGUCAGAUACGGCCAGUGCUGGGUGUUUGCUGGCGUGAUGUGUUCAGUGAUGCGUCUGCUGGGCAUCCCCUGCCGCGUGGUCACCAACUUCGAGUCAGCCCACGACACUAACAGCAAUCUGAUCAUCGACGUGUACCACGCAGACUACGGUGUCGCAGAGAAAAGUUCUCCUGACAGUGUUUGGAACUACCAUGUGUGGGUGGAGGGCUGGAUGAAACGUCCAGAUCUGAAGGAAGGUGAUAAGUACGACGGCUGGCAAGUUCUGGAUCCGACACCGCAGGAGAAGAGCAACGGUGUUUACUGCUGCGGUCCAGCCUCGGUCAAAGCCAUCCAGAGCGGAAACAUCAACCUCAAGUACGACAUCCCGUUCAUCUUCGCUGAGGUCAACGCGGACUGUGUGGACUGGCUGGUCAAAGCUGACCGCUCGAAAAUUAAGAUCUUCUCCGACACCAAGAGAAUCGGUCAGAACAUCUCCACCAAGUCUGUCGGCUCGAGAAAGAGGAUGAACAUCACCGACACCUACAAGCACAGGGAGGGGUCCGACAAGGAGAGGGACGUCUUCACGUACGCCCUCACCAUAGCAGGUGAAGAGACGGAGGGGAACGGGGCGGUGAUCGAUACCUCGGGAGCAGCAGGUGAGGGCGCUUCGGGCUCCGAUGUGUCCAUGCGAUUUGAGGAGUUGUCCAAACCAAUCAACGGGAAGGACGUGAGCAUUAAGCUGUUGCUUCACAGCAAGUCCACCUUCGCCAGGCUGCUGUCCAUCAACAUCAGCGUCCAGGCCAUGAGCUACAACGGCUCCUCGGCCGGGAACAUCCAGUCCGAGGUGAAGGAGGAGACGAUGCAGCCUGGGACAGAACUAUCCGUCCCCAUCCUGGUCCCGUUCUCGGCCUAUCACAAGCUCAUGGUGGAGUGUGACAGCAUGAAGGUCACAGCCAUGGUCAAUGACAAAUACAAGCCGGAGCAAGUCUACCUGGCAGAGAAUGACAUUGUGCUGAUGGAUCCUCCUUUCACCUUAACAGUUUCCAGAACGACCAGACUGCAACAAGAAACCAGUGGAGUAUUGAUUUUCAAGAACCCGGCAGACGAGAGGCUGACGGGAUGCAGACUGACUCUGUCAGGAAGUGGAGUAUUUAAAAAGGAGGAGGACUGCAAGCUCCCGGACCUGGCACCAAAACAACAGUUCCGUAUCAACAUCUUCUUUUAUCCCUACAAGACGGGAAAGAAGACGAUCACGGCCGUCUUCGACUGCUCCACCUUCAGGGACAUCCAGGCCACCUGCAAGAUCGAGGUCACAGAGUAACAUCUCAACUCCGCAGAGUCUCGUUCCAAGGUCACAAGCUAAUACAAAAAAAAAAAGCUAAAAUCUUCGCAGCUUAAAGGAGAUUUAUUGAGCUCAUGUUCAGGUUUGUCUGGGUCCUAUGUCUUCGCUACAACAGGAACUAUUUUUCAUCCGUCCCAUGUCACGAACGUUAUCAACAAACACACACUCUUGCUCGCUGUGAUUGUUCCGGACAUUCCUCCGCUAUUUCAGGAAAACGUCUAGAGUUCACUGAGGCUCUAAAAACAGCUUUAACUUUCACUUCAUUCAGUGACCUCUAUAAGAGAGAUAACAAAUGUGUUUCUCAGUUAAAUAUCGGUGCAGGGUACAAAAAGCUUUUCAACAAACCGCUGUGAACUUCACUCAGAACCAAAAAGCUUUCUUGCAGCUUCGCAUUAUUCACUUUUAUAUGAUAAAGCCUGGAGAUGGACCACUGCUUAAAAAAGAAGAACAACGAGAAAGAUGCCAAACAUACGACACAUGAACAUUUAAAUGUAUCUGCUUAAAUACGUUGAUUUCUUUUAAGGUCUGACUUGGAUCCCAGCUGGUUUUUAAAGUCUGAUCCUGAAACUAGAUUCUCAUCAGAAUGUUUCAAUUUGCUUGAACAAUGUAACUCAGUUUUUUUUGUCUUGAGGAUAAAUCUCCGACUCUCCGACUUUACCUUGAAUAAAAAAAAAAAAAAAAAAAGUAGUAGUUUUGCUUUAUUUUGAAGAUUUUGUAUUUUCUUGAUUUUUGUCAUCCUUGGUAUCUACCCUCGGGGUUGAAUGCACUUAUUGUCGCUUGGAUAAAAGCGUCAGCUAAAUGAAAUGUAAUGUAAUGUAAUGCAGGGAUCUCCAGGUAACAGUGGCCUCUGCUGGACAGACUGAAGACAAACUCUUCAUUCUCUAAAAUAGAAACAGAACAACUGCUGCUCUCUGUCUCAUGAUGCGUUCAGGAAAACUUGGUAGAAAAGGUCCUCAACUCAGGGGUAAAACUUUUUAGUCUUAUCGAAGAUUUCAGGGGCCAAGUCAAGACAACAACACAACUGCUGGUGACCAAAUAAAAUGUGAACACAAUGGGAAAUGUUCAUGUUUUUUGUGUGUUUCCACGGUGCUUUACCACAAAGAGUUUUUCUUUCUGUUGUCGGGGGUCAAUAA